AAAAUCAACAGUCACGGCAUGUUGGAGGGAAAACAUGGAAAGCGAAAGUGGAUAUUUUUCCUUAGGAACUCAAGGUGAGCUUCAAAUUUCUUAUUACUUUCUUUUACUGAUGCUUUUAUGUUGUAUCACGUUCGAAUGAAAAGAGAGAAUGUAGAAACUCGCGGCCAAAAUUGCUAAAUUAUGGAGUGUGGUGCAAAAUACACAAAAAUCCACAAAGUCUGACUGUCAUUGCUCCCAACAAACCUCCUGUACAACAAGAAAAUCGACUUCUACAAUAAAGAUUUAAGGAAGUCGAAAAAGAAAGAGAUGCCCUGCUUCUAUCGCUAUCUCUACAAUCCAACCAAGUCAACAGAGAAACAGAAAGCUGUGGAAGAUAAAGCAAUUCUUUAUUAGAUGUCACACAAUCAGUCUCCACUAGUCCGAACAUAAUCUGUACGUGAUCAAGCCGAUGAAAAUAAAGAAGCAGCUCAUGCCCGGGCUCAUGCCUCUCCUAAAACAACUGAACACUCAGCUAAACAAUAUGGUACUCGACAAUCCAAAAGUAAGACGAUCGGCGAUUCUGUGAUAAAAGCGAUUGAAGAGCAAAAACUCUCUAAGUCUCAGUCUGUUAAGAAAAUUUGUUAGAGGAGCGCCAAGAUAGCCACAAUCAAAGAUCAACUCAUUCUCGACUCUGCGAUUUGGAUGAGUCAGACAAGUUUCAUACUGGAUAAACCAGUUUUAUCUGUGCACGCACGCGUAUUCUGGAGUUUUGCUGACUCUUUCUGCGCCCACGCUCCGUAACAAAGCAAGUGGCUGCCGCUUCAAUUUCACGCAGGAAUUUUGAGAAAAUUAUAGAUUGAACGUUCAGUUUUAGAAAAAUUGGAAAAUGCACCUCGAUUUGAGUUGGUUUUUGUUUUGGAUUUUAAUAACCAUGAGCAAAAAUUUGAUCAUCAGGCUACAGAAUCCAAGUUCAAACAUUAACCACAAAGGACUGUAAAUGUUUGUACUUUAUGUAUUCUAGGGCCGUAGAUCUUUUAUAGAUCCGAUAUGCCGUAAUUCUUGCAUGGGUUUGUCCAUGUGUUAUAGGUUGGUUUUGGCCAACUCUUUAUUUUCUCUGCAAGACAUCAACUUGACACUUUAACUCUUGCCCCCCAGAAGACACGUGGUAUGGCGUGAUUCUGUGGAUGUUGAGAGUUCUAGGUCACAGCUCAAAUCAGAGUGCGCGGAUAUUUUUCACCACAGCUUUUCCUGGUUGUUACGCCAGACUGACGAGCCCCAAAGAGGGCGAAACAGUUGUCUAUGGCUACAAUCCCGCUCUGUUUUGAGUUCUUUCGGUGCCGUGUUAAUGUCUUGCAGAGUUAAUUUUCACGUAGUACGAUCAGCAUUGCAGUAUUCUGCUUGCAGAAUUUGAUAUGUCUAGAGUUUAAGUUGCAUUUAAAUGGUCGAUGCUCUUACAAAUGUUUUUGGAUAACACCCGACCUGCGAUGUCAAAAACGUCUUUGGAUUUUGUGUUUUUCAAAAUCUGAACAAGCGGCGCUUUCUUCGCUUUCUUGAUCCGUUUUUUGUGUUUCAGGGUUCGUUACUUUGUUUUUGAAAAGCACCGCGAGUUUUACCUUGGCUCUAAGUCUUUUUGGUCUUCUUUAUACUGAAACAUGGCAAGUUUAGAUUCCCAAGGUGAAAUUUUUCCUAUAGAGCUUCCAAAUCCAGAGGAAACACAGGUACGGAAAUGUGAAAACGAACAACUGUACGUUCCCGCUAACAUUUACAUUUGCUGACAAACACAGUGCAUGCUAUGGUAACGGUUUGAUUGACGUCGCACAAAAAUUUGAAUUUGGCGCAUGCUCAAUAUGAAUUGUCGAGGAUGUCAGCAGAGGUUCCUUCCUCUUCCCUUACCGUAACAUUCCGAAAAUAAGCCCCUCCAUGUAUAAGCCCCCCAAACUCGUAACGCAAAAAGCCCUCCGUUAAAUCGCCCCUCCAAAUAUACGCUUUUGGUAAUAGCCUGAUCGAUGUUGCUAUAUAUAGAACUCCCUGAUAUCGUUAUACAUAAAAGUUGAAAAAAGGAAACAAAUUAAAUAAGUGGAAAAGUAGCUGCAAAUAGAUUAUUUGGCAUUCGCAGAGAAAAACUUAUUAUUGAAAAGGAUAUCACUCUAUUGGUUCACCAGGGGCAAUGUACUUUCCGUUUACAUACAGUUUGUCGGGCUGAGCUUUACUGAAGUAGGCGGUAAAGCCUUCUUCCCUUGCCGUCUGAAACUUCUUCAUUUCUCCUUUCCUCGAGUCGUACGGCAAUUUUGGGAUGUCAUCGUACACAUGGAAUUCCGUGUCCUUCAUGUGUUUCCGGGCCUGAUCCACCAUUAGUUCCUUAUUCCCAUAACGUAAAAAUCGUGCGAUAAUCGGACGCAAGCUUCCAUUUUUCGGUUUUCCUAAGCGGUGAAGUCUCUGGAAUUCAAUUCUUUCUCGCGCAUUUGGAAUCUUUAAUUGAUGUUCGAGAAAUUUCUAGACGAUCCCUCUUGUAUCUUCUAUUUGUGCUUGCGCGCCAUUGUGAUCUUCGUCACCACCACUUAUGUUGUCAACUUGCUCUUCUAGUAGCCCCACAAAUUUUGCAUUUUCCCUCCUUGAGUAAGUCUCCAUGUAAAGAAGUUGCUUCUGGAGCUCGCAAACAUCCUGUUGUAACUUUUUGUUUUCAAGUUUCAAGUCGGAUAUGUGCUCCUCAUUAAAUUGGAUGCUUUCUUUCAAUUCAUUGAUUGUUGAGCCAAGCUGGAUGAAAAACAGCUCUUGCUUUCUUAACGAAGAAUUCUCCUUUUUGUCGUAAACGAUUUUACAAACCUGCUUUUCCAUGAUGUGCUUUUAAUCGCGAGGUAUCACAUCUAUUUCUCCAAACAAAAAGGCCUUAACCCUUCAUGGGAACUCUUGUUUCGAACCAUUCUAAAUUGUCUCGAUUAUGAAAGACGUUAUGCAAUUAAAACUGGGAUUUUAAGAAAAUUCAAUGCAAAAUGGGGAGCGUUUAUCCGGGAUAAUGAUCUUUAGUCUUUAUUUCCUUUGUCGAGAUGUACGGAGUACAGCAAUCGCGCUAACUCUCUAGAGGCUCUUUCAGGACGUUUCUAGGCGGAUAGUCAGUAAACGUGCGUAGUGCGUGUGUGUGCGUGUGUGUGUGUGCUUUAGUAUUCAAGAACUACUUAAGUUAGUUUGGCUACUCUGUAUUAUAGAUCAGGAUCGUUAAGUAAUUACUGUAUAGUAGCAAUGUAAUCGUGUAUCUGUAUGCUUCAUAUAAAAGUAAUGUAGAUCAGUGAUUCAAAUGAAUUAAUUUAAAAAAAAAAGAAAAACGGUAAAUUUCCUUCCAAGAAUAAGGCUAGCCCAAUCGAUUUUGAAACGCAAAUUUCCCUCCGUACAUAAGCUCCUCCGAAUAAGCCCCUCCAAAAAUAAGCCCCUUAAAAAGGGCCUUUGAAAAAUAUAAGCCCCGGGGCUUAUUUUCGGAAUUUUACGGUAUCUAGGAAGAUCGAAGGAGACUCUGUUGGCAGGGUAUGCUGGAACGAACGAUUUGAAUGAAUUUCAGCCUGAAGCGGUGGUUAGCUCGCGUCGAAAGCUAAGAUCCUCUGACCACCGUUUCACAAAGCUUUUGUCAGACCCCAUUUGGAAUACGCAGUGCAGGUGUGGGCCCCAACCGCAAGACGCGGAAACUGGGGUGUUAUAAUGGAAAUUGAGGACUGCUAAAGACAGUUUACCAGGAUAAUUGAGGGCAUGAGCCUACUCUCUUAUCAUCGAAGGUUACAGCGUCUCAGAUUAACGACUUUUCUGGAACUUCGAAUGCGUGGUGACUUAAUCGAGGACUUCAAAAUAAUCAACUGUUUUGUGAACUAUGGUCACAAUAUGUAUGGGACGAAUACAGCUUAUCGAACUCGUAAUCUUAAUGUCACUUCUCAUCAUCCAUUAAGAUCAGAACAUGACUUCUUUAACAAUACUGUUAUCAAAUACUAGAUUCGAACCAGCUGCCACUACGUGUGCGAAAUUCAACAAGUAUCAACGCCUUUAAGGCUGGUCUUGACCUCUUUAAGUUAUCUAAACCUGAUUCGCCUAAUGGAUUCUGGAAAUUAUCGGAAGAAAUCUUUAAUAGAAUAAUCAAUCGCGAUGUUGCCACGCGGCAAAAUAUCUUGUUUUAAAUAUCUCGUUGUAAUAAUUAAUUUUGUCGGUCUCUGCUUUUAGUAUUUUUCUGAUUUUAGUACUCUUAUGAUAGUGGAUUUUUAAUUUUUAUCACAUGUUCAUAAUAAUUUUGUAAAUAGUUUUUUGUAAAAAGAGAUAUCCUGAAGAGAUAUAAUAAAUUUAUCUAACCGUACACUUCUAUCCAAGCCAUUAAUUUUCUUUUUUCCUUCUUCGUCUUCUUCUUCUUUAUCAGUGUUCCCUACCCUACUAUAUAUAAUGUAAAUAUUUUAUAAAAGUGUGAAUAAGAUUGAAUUGAAUUGAAUUGAAUUGGAAGAUAUAAUUGAGGGUCUAACUGGAAUGGCAGAGGAGGCGAUUAAAAUUGGACCUUCGAUCAAGGUAUCGGUUUUGGGGUUAAUAUGCCAGAGAGAUGAAAAUGCAAAUGAGAAGAUUAGUAUGUGUAAUCAAAUGGUGACGAGUGAAAUUAGGGAAUAAUUUCAGGCGCGUUUUGUCUAAAUCCUUAUAAUUUCCCAAGCCUUCAGGCGAGGGAAAUUAUUAGGAUUUGGACAAAACGCAAGUGAAAUUAUUCCCUAAUUUCACGAGUAUACCAUUUGAUUACCUAUUAAUAUCAUGGGUGACGAAUUACCUUAGCAAUCGAGGAUUUUUGACUUGUUUAUCCUCAGUUAUCCUGGAUCGUAUCGAUCGAUCGUGAACUCCACUCUCUCAAACAUUUAGAGCUGAAAUUUGGCUUAAGUUUUCAGAAUUUUUCGACAACAUACCUCUAAGAAUCCUUCUUGAGAAGCUCUUUCGUGUGUUCAGGUUUUCUGAAGCGUCUUUUUAUGCCCUGACAUCGUCAUUCAUGACAUUUUAAAACUUCGUCGCCAUCUUGA